CCGCGACACAAAGAGGCACCUCUCGUCGUCAUCCACGAUGGGCUGAAGUCGCGGUUUUGCUGUUUCGCUUAGCUUAUCGCGCGACGCAGCACUCGCGAUUAAAGCGCGCUGCGCGUCAUCGUCAUCGCCGCCGUCGCUGUCUAUCGUCGUCACCGUCGACCGCAUCGUGAACUCGUCUAGCGUCAGCGACACGACGGUUCACAGGGGAUACCCGGGGUAUCAGACCUUUUCUCGAGGGUGGGCGGUGUCAGGUUAGGUUCCCGUCCAAGGAGUAACGAGAAAGCCGCCAAGCUGGCGAGUCUAACGAGCUGUGUGUCGACGAUGAUGGAUGACGAGGAACAGGAAGAGCUUCGUUGCACUGGCAGCGACGUCGAGAUCGAGGAAUACACCGACACCGAGGAGUCGCCAUAUGUCCCUUAUCAAGCGGGUGGCGAUAAGCUGUUCGAUACCGAUCGCGAAAAUUGGCAGAAGCUCCGUUUCCUAGCCACUCUCGUGUCGGUUGCAAUAUCAGUUACCGUUCUCGUUAUCAGCUAUCCGCUUUAUCUCGAGAGCGUCGCCGCUGUCUCCAGCGCUUACACAGGACUCCUUUUCACUGCCCUGUGCUCCGCCUUUAUUUUGGGGGUGGUGUACUUCGCCGUGGACAGAGUGUCACCACCACCGCCGUUAAUACCGAACAGCAUGCGGAUUAAGAUCCCCCGCUGCGGCCUGAUCAAAAUAAGCACUCUGUACGCCCUCUCAGGAAUCCUAAUCACUCUGUCUCUCGAUCGGAAUAGGGUGUUGUGCCACUUACAAGAUCCGAUAAAGGGCAUUACCCUCGUCUUCUCUCUCGUCUAUUACUUCUUUUUUUGUCAAAAAAUGAUGAGUCUGCAGCGAAUAUUCUCGAGCACAACUAUAAUAGUGGGUUUGUUUAUAAGCGUCGAUUACGGUCUCUGCGACGAGUUUCGUUGUCGAGGAAGAGAAGUUUCUUCGCACACAGCCGCCAUGAGAGGAUCCUGGGGUGCCCGGGCGGUUUGGACGUUCGUUUACGUGGGCUCUCUCGCCGCCUUCGCCAUGUUCUUCACUAUGCUUGAACGCCAUUACACUACCGGGCAACAGAACGUGUGCCAGAUGAUGACAACGCAGCACAAUUCUUUCCUAUACACGGUAUCCCGUCUAGUGUCUUCGCGCGAUAUUCGUCGUCGUGGCUCCGAGGAGGAGGGUGGUCGAUUGUUGCACGUGACCGAUCCGGAUCCCACGAUAAAGCCAAAAAGCUACCCCAAGCCACCGGUGAUGCAAACCCUUUUUUACAUACACGUCAUUACUUUCUUCGCCAUCCUGACGUUCUGCUGGCUCGAUACUUUGCCCGGUGUUGGCAGGGGUCUAUCGCCCGUUGAACUCUAUCGUACUGUUGAACGUGGACUAAUAUGUCACUUUAAAGGCGACAAUCUAUGCGCGAACGUUUCCAGUCACGGGUGGACUUUCCUAUUCGCGUAUGUUAUCUUCGCGAUCUCGAGUCUCAACUUCCUGUCGUUAUGCGAAAGCUCAGUGUUCAGCGUGGCCACCGCUACCGUUUCGCUUCCGCUAUCUGGUAUCUGGUGGAGCAUUUACAGGAUGGACGUUGGUUUACACGGGGGUUUCAUCUCCUGGUCACCGGGAGUAACGGGCGAGCUGAUCUGCGCCUUGCUCGGUCUUCCUGUCGUGCUGCUCGGUCUGGGCCUGCUGGUCAGAUCGCACUUCAGAGAUACACAGCUUCCUUACCAAACUAUUCAGCCGCCUGACAUCCAGCCGCACGAGGCCUGUCACAGAUGAAUUUCUCUGUAGCACCUAGCCUGGCCUCGCGACGAGGUCGACAUCACGUGCGGUGAUCCACGAAAAUGAAUUCUGAUCGAUUCGACGGGUACAAUGAUAAACCAUUGCUCUCACGUCGAAUUGAUCGGAACAAACGAUAUUAACAAGACAAAUUUCACCGAGCCGGAAUAAUGUUAUUGUUGUACACUUGACAGAUAUAUUUUGUCAACUGUUCCCAGAUGCAUUGAUGCUCUCCCUUCGACCACGAGGUCAUCAAGGUAAAAUGAAUCAUAAAAUGAUCUGCGAUUCGAUUGUAUAUCAUUAUGUCGAUUUACAUGCAAAAAUAUAUCGACAGACGGCUGAUUCGGCGUCAGUUAAUUCUGGCUAUAAUGUUUUCUCUUUAGAAAUAAAGGAUUAGAAAAGAAUUAAUUUAAUUCUAUUAAAGAGAAUAAGGUAACCGGACUCUAUAAUAUUCUGUAUGUCCCUAUUAGGCUUUACAAUUUUUUUUCAUUUAUUGCUGACUCCAAAAUUUAAAAAUUAAUGAUCACGUUUAAAAGAGGAAACAUUUCUGAAUGUUAAUAAAAAUUAUGAGACAUUUUGAAACAUUUAUAUACUUUGGUGCAGUAAAAAAGUAUCAUUCUGCGCAUACUGAGUACACGUGACAUCCAAUAUGACCUAAAUAUAUUUCCCUCUUUUUCGUAAAAAAAAAAAUAAGAAAAAUGAAAAAUAAAGUGAUAAAUGUUUUUUAUAAGACUGUAAGUUAUUAUCGACAUGUUUAUUAAUAUAUAAAAAUACACAAAAAACGUUUCCAAAUUGGACUUAUCUACUUAUUUAUUUAUUUCCACGAUGUUUAAUGAAUAAAUUAGAAUUCAUGAUCUGAAAUAAUAAAAAUAUAAAAAAAAAGUUACACAAUCGAUAUAUGUACACUCAGUUGUCUAUAAUUGGUCAUAUUCUACCUUACAAAGAAGUUUUUCUCUUUGAUUAUAAUGAAAGCUUGUGAUAAAAAUAAUAAAUUAAUUAUCUGAUGUUGUAAAGUAUGAAUACAGAGUUACAACAUGACCUACUGAAAUGAAUAAUCAUUUUUUUGUAAUUAUGGGAAGCAAUUACUUUCUUGCGAAAUAUUACAUCACGACUGAUAUUCUGGAUUUUCUUUACUGAUAAUUAAAUGAAUAAAUUGAACAAUAAACUGAUGUAAUCAAGUCAGAGAGACAAACUACUACUGCUAUCUGUUGAAUUAAUUGUAUAAUUGUAUAAUUGUAUAUUUAUAGUGAAUAGGGCGUUUUGAAUACACGCCCCAUAUUGGAUCCGGUUACCUUAAUUUAUUGUAAAACGAUCUAUUU